AAAAGCCCCCGACUAUCACUUCCGGGUCGAGUACCAUUAGCACCUCCUGAUGAGUGUGAGCUAGCGGGCCCGACUGAUUCAUCUAAAACACCUCACAGGAAACACAACGGGACAUCUAAACACGUCCAGUAGUGAACAGUCAAGUGUAUCGUUGUGUAAACAUAUGACACAGCGAUGCCGGGGCUCAGCUGUCGAUUUUACCAGCACCGGUUCCCAGAGGUGGAGGAUGUUGUGAUGGUGAACGUGAGGUCCAUCGCCGAGAUGGGCGCCUACGUCAGCCUCUUGGAGUACAACAACAUCGAGGGCAUGAUCCUCCUGAGCGAGCUGUCGCGUCGACGUAUCCGCUCCAUCAACAAGCUCAUCCGCAUCGGCCGCAACGAGUGCGUGGUCGUCAUCCGAGUAGACAAAGAGAAGGGAUACAUUGAUUUAUCAAAAAGAAGAGUUUCACCAGAGGAGGCCAUCAAGUGUGAAGAUAAAUUCACCAAAUCUAAAACUGUGUACAGCAUCCUGCGACACGUGGCAGAGGUGCUGGAAUACAGUAAGGACGAGCAGCUAGAGAGCUUGUACCAGCGCACCGCCUGGGUGUUCGACGAGAAAUACAAGCGGCCAGGAUACGGAGCUUAUGACGUCUUCAAACAGGCUGUAUCAGAUCCUGCCAUUCUGGAUUGCCUGGAGUUAACGGAGGAAGAGAGGAAUGUGCUGAUUGAUAACAUCAACAGACGACUCACUCCACAGGCUGUCAAAAUCAGAGCAGACAUUGAAGUGGCGUGCUACGGGUAUGAGGGCAUUGAUGCCGUGAAGGAAGCUCUGAGGGCCGGUCUCGGCUGCUCCACAGAGGCCAUGCCCAUCAAGAUCAACCUGAUCGCUCCCCCUCGCUACGUGAUGACAACGACCACUCUGGAGCGCACAGAGGGCCUGUCUGUCCUCAACCAGGCCAUGGCUGCCAUCAAGGAGAAGAUCGAGGAGAAGAGAGGCGUCUUUAACAUCCAGAUGGAGCCGAAGGUGGUGACGGACACGGAUGAGACAGAGCUCGCCCGGCAGCUGGAGAGGCUAGAGCGGGAGAACGCCGAGGUGGACGGAGACGACGACGCCGAGGAGAUGGAGGCCAAAGCGGAGGACUAGAGUCGGUCCUCGCAGGAAGGCUGUUGGAGGGAAAAACAUCAGAGGAGAAAUGUGGACAGACGUGACAGCAGUCAGUCAGUCCAGCAGAUGUUAACUUUCACAUUUCAAACAUUAACUGGCGUUGAUAGUUUAUUGGCAAACGUCCCGGUUUGUUCUUUAACAAGAAGAUGGUGACACAUAAAGCUGUCUUCAGAUGCAGGCAUGGAAGGAAAGUUAAAUUACAAAUUAAACAACAAUAUAGUUCCUAUUUUUAAAGUACACCAAUUUGAAUAAGUAAUAACUCUAAAACAACAAAAGCUGUUUACAAGCAGUGGCCUUCACUUAGCUCUUGCUUAAGUGCCCAGUGUCUUCAGUAACCAUGGCGCUUCAUCUCUGUUCGGUACUGGAUGGGAUUUGAUUUAGAGGGGUAACACAAAGGCUCGUCUGUCUCAACACCGCUCAGUGGUGACUUCAUGUGCUGUUUCUCUUCCAGUUUAAAGGUUUUUACUGGCAAGACCUGCUCUUGUUUAGCUCACAUGGCAUCAAUAAAGUUCUGGAAGUUUUGAUCUCAA